UCGGUGCCAUUCAGUUUAUCGCCGUCCCUCGUCAAGCCUCGUGCAAGAGCCUCGCCUGCGCUCCGAGCCAAGAGCCACGCGCCUUUUUCGCGGCAAAUCAGUCGGUCUGUAAAUAAAUCGGAUGCGGAUCGAGGCUGCGGACACGGAAGGCAUCGAAGAAACGGCGCGGUUAAUUAAUUUCCCAAUAAAAAUGAGGAGGAACAGCGAGUCGACAACCGCGGAGAAAAUGUGACCCGUGUUUUCUUUCAAACUGUUUGCCUUACUUCGAGCUGCAUCGUUUCACCGCGACUAUUUAUUACUGUUAUUGUUCAACGUGCCGCAGAAGUGCGCAUAACGCGGAAAGGUUCUUCCUCUAUCACGUUCGCGCAAUGUCAGUGAAAAGGACAGAGUUUCACGGUGCAAGCAUCGGGAUGACAGCCGUUUGGUGGCUCGUCGCGAUGCUCGCUGUCGGUGCAGAGGUCAGUGGUCAGCUGGUUGAUACGGAGUUUCAGCCGACGGUGACGGCGACAUGCAAGGACGGCUACAUGACAAUCCGGAUGAACGUCAACCAGAGUUUCAUCGGGGCGUUGCACGCCAAGGACCACCGGACACCCCAAUGCAUGGUCCUUGGCAACGGGACCAACCACGUCACCCUGGGAAUCAAUCUUCUUGCACCUCCAGGUGCUCCCGAUUAUUGCGGGGUCCUCGUCAACAACAAAACCGAAGAAGAGAGAUCGGUGCCAAUUGCCGUCCGGAUUCAUAAAACGCUUGAACUCGCCAACGACAAGUUCUACGUCAUUACCUGCGGCAAAGCGGGUUUUAAGAACGCAAAGAAUGAAACUUCCCUGGUUUCUCUCCGGAUCCUUGACAGAGGACACCGUGUGCAGGAGACGAUCUAUAGUCACAACUACACGCUGAGAGCAGAGAUAUCACGACCAGACGGAAUGUACGGUAUCCGGGUCAAGUCGUGUUUCGCAUUCAACAAACGUAACAGCAGCGUGCCUCUGAUCGACGAAAAGGGAUGCCCAGUGAACGGUCAAGUCAUGACGAAAUUCGUCUACGAUCCCAGCACGGGAUUCGCCGACGCCACUCUUUUCUCCAUGUUCCGGUUCCUCGACAGUCCGCAGGUUCACUUUCAGUGCAGUAUAUCCGUCUGCAAGGGUAGUUGCGGAAUUCCGGUCUGCGAUGGAGAUCCACCGGACUCUGUCAAGGGUGGCCUACAGCCCAAUGCUGGACAAAGUGUCGCCGGUGAAGAGGGCGUCCUUCUCGCCGGAACCAGCGUCUUUGUCCUGGACCCUGGAGUUUCGCCUGUCGUCCAGUCCGUGUGCGAUGACGGAUCUGUUCAUCCUUCCUGGCUCUUGUGGUUGGCCAUCGCUUUGGGUGUCCUUUUCCUCAUAAUGCUUAUCAUGAACAUCUUUCUUUGCUCUGCGAUGUCCUGCAGUUGCGCUCGAACCGAGAUAAUUGAAAAGGAACCAUCCAUAAUCGAGGAUUACGACCCUUACCGAAGCUGGCAUGGAUCGCAAUACGGCUCAAGGUAUUCUCUGAACGGAAAACCGGGCUACACGUCUGGAGGUUCAACGAUGAAUUCGACCAGAUCGAUAUCUACGAACAGCGAUCACUACGCGAUCGUCCAUUCUCGGCCGGGAAGCAGAUAUUCUGGACCCGGUCACAAGCACCACCACCAUCAUCGAGGUCCACCGUCGAACAUCGGCUCCCAUUACUCGGCAAAGUGAUCACAGCAGGCCUUCUACUUUGCAAGAGAAACGCCAAAUGCUGCCAAUCAUGAAAAGAGAGGGAAAAACAAGUUCACCUAUCUGCAUUCUACAUUGAAGUGUCCGGAAUAGGUGCAACUCCUGUCAAAAAAAAUUACUAACAAAACCUCGGAAAUCACACUCUAAGUGCAUUAAUCGUACUACCCGUAUCAAGAUUUCAGACUGCAGCUAAUUAAAUAAUAGUCAGAAUGACAGAAAAUUAUACAGGAUCCAAAAAUUAUCCUAAAAUUGCUUAUUAUAUAUUAUACAUACAUAUUAAGUAUAUACGUACUGGAAAAAAUGUAACACGUGGCCAUUUGAAAAUGAAGUAAACGUUAUCAAAUACCUUCUCUAAUUUCAAAUUUAGAAAAGUAGGUUACUGUAAGCAAUUAUACAUACAUGAGUAACUUUAAUCAUAAGCUUAGAAACGAUAAAAUAUAGAACUUCUUGUAUAUAAUUUCAUUAAUAAUUUAGAUAGCUUACGGCUGUUAAAUUUAUUUACGGUAUAAAAUACCUUCGUGUUCUUUUUUAGGUAUACAUAUAUAUCGACAUCGUUCUCUUCUUUGAUCCAUGCAGGCAAUAUAUUGCUAUAGUAAUUAUCCUAAGGCCGAGUAAUCGAUAAUCAUAGCUAUUAAAUGCGCGCCUUGUACGUUAGAAUCAAAAUUAUAAUAUACGUAACAUUUCCAGCGCAUAUAGUAUAUUCAUUUUCAGUGAAAUAACUAAUUAUCAUAUACUAUCACAUGGUGAGAUUAGGAUCGGUGCUAAUAUGUCUAAGUCAAAUAAUUGUCUUCCAUUCUGAUACACAAUGACUCACGUCUCGACGGCGGAAGAUACUUCAGAAUUAACGUAUAUAUGUACGAAGAAAACUGGAACAUUCCGAAGAAAAUUGUAAUGUUUGUAAAAUGCUUACAAAUAAUAUAUUCCGAUCUAUGUCUAGCCCAUAUGUUUUUAAAAGUAAAAUUUGAAACAUUUUAUUGUGAAAAAACAAUUGAACCCUGCUAUUUUCCUGUCAACAUGACUUUUACGCACAGUCCGAUAAUGUCAGAAACAUGACAUUGAAACUUUUUUUCAAAUAUGAUUUUUGGCAGGUGCAGCUCUGCUUUCUCUUCUUCAAAGAACUGAUGUAUGUAUUAUACAUAAUUAUAAACAAUUAAAUUCUUACAAUGAACGCAUAUGAGUUGCUGGAAUAUACACGAUAUAUCGUAUGCUCAAAAUCAAACUGUAACAACUCAAAAAUUCUCUCUUCAAAACUGCCAUAAAACCUAACGUAGUAACCAUUUAUACUUUAAUUUAAACACAAAUUCAUAAGAAAACUUCUUCCCAGAUGUUGCGGUUUUGUUUCAGGCAUGCAAUAGCUUUCCCUCCUUUAUUUAUUCCUUUAAAAAUCUGUCGUAUGUAGAACAAGAAUUUUUUUAAAUCUGAUUACAGGAGUUUUAUUAAAUGGCUUGUUUAUCACAUGAUUGAAGCCCGUGCUUCUCUUCUGCAACAUACAUUUAGUUGAACAAGGCUAUACACUCCAUUUUUUUUUUCUUUUUGUUCCAAGCCUGCGGAAAUUCAACAUCAAUAGACAGAAAAAGCAAGUUAAUUAACUGUUAUAACAUUUUCGUUUUAUUUUCAUCAUUAUAUAUUUCUCUCAAUAAAUAUUUACUAACAUUUCGUCAAUUAAAAUUGAAAACAGAUACAGGAUAAAAAAUAUGUAGGGUAGAUUAUAUUAAUGUAUCGUUCAGUACAAUCUACGUAAUGCCUCUUAAAUUAUACGUACAUUCUCAAUUAUAAUACUUUUUUUCGUCUAAAAUUCGUCUUGUAUCCUAUUUUUACUUGUUUCUUGUUUCGUGCAUUGUUUAAUAAGCUUUCUGCUUUAACAGAAAGAAGAAUUAAUUUCCGUACUUUCCAAACUAGUUUGGUUUCAAAGUAUAGAGUGAUGUGGCUCAAUUCGAAUAAUGUCUAAAAAAUUCUUGAAUUAAUGUACUAUUAUUCGUAAAUCCAGUAUUGCUGAUAAAGUAUCUUCAAUAUAUUCAACUAAUAAUAAGUAUUCAUUAUGCCUACGAACGUGUCGUUUAUUCGAUUAAGUCUAAC